UUGUUUUGCGCGUGCUUAUUAGUUACUGCGCUUGCUCAGUUUGUCCCCUUACAAGAUGCCAACUUGACAACACUAAACGCCGCACACGACCCAAAUAUCACCAUUUCCUACAAAGUUCCGAAGGGUGCCUGUAAGACGGCAUUCGACGCACAGAAGCAGUUCUCUGGCUGGGUCAACAUCCCAGUUGAGGGUCGGUCGACCAGCUUGUUCUUUUGGUUUAUCGAAGCACGGGAGCCGACUUCGACACUCACAAUAUGGCUGAAUGGCGGGUCUGGAGGGAGCUCCAUGUCAGGCUUUUGGCAAGAGAAUGGUCCUUGUGAGGUGGUAGAAAAGGAUAAAGAUCACCUCGAGGUCAAGGCAAGGGAAUGGGGAUGGGACAGGGCAUCAAACAUGCUGUAUAUCGAUCUUGUAAAGUUUAUUCUCUCCGCGCCAGAGUUCGUGAUAUUAACCAAGCCCGCAGCCCUCAGUAGGCUUCUCCUACACCACCCCCAUCACCAACGGCAGCUACGAUUCCUACAACGCAACAACCAUCUUUCCUCCUGA